AUGGACGACCGGGUCCCCGCUGCGGAGACGUCUGCCCCCAAAAAGCGGACUCGCGUCCAAUUUUCAUGCACAGCAUGCAGGUUCCGAAAAUUAAAGUGUUGUCGCAAUCACCCAUGUACCAAUUGUAAAAAGCGAGGUGAAGCAGCAGCAUGCACCUACGUUGGUCGCGGGCCACGAGGCAAAGCCCAACAUGGGCGAUCCAGCCCGACUCUUGUUCAGGACCGCUUGCAUCAUCUAGAGAACUUAGUGAUGUCGCUGGCCCAGAAGCAGCAGCCCGAUGAUAAUGCCGAUAUUGAUUUCUGUGCCCCACCGGGGUCUAGAGGCGCUUAUGUGACGCCCUCCCCCGCCUCUGACCGUGAUACCAUAUCGACACCAGUUGAUACAGGUACAUUGGUCGUGAAGAACGAAGGAACUAGCUACAUCGACAGCGCGAAUUGGCGCGCUAUCUUGGAAGAGAUUAAUGGAGUGAGAGAGUACCUAGACGAGAAUGGAGGUGGCUCUGAUGAUGGGGGUGCCGAAGAAGGUCCAUACGAAUCCUCGUCCCCGGUUCUACUAUUUGGCAAUUCUCGACCGGUAACCAAAGAGGAGAUGCUUGUGGACAUUCCUCCACGAUCAAUAGCCGAUCGCCUCAUUUCUCGCUUCCUAAAGACAACUGAGCCAGCACUCGUUGCGAUCCAUGUUCCUACAUUCCAAAAAGAGUAUGAACAGUUUUGGCUUAAUCCAAGUGAAGCAUCAUUCACCUGGAUUUCCCUGUUAUACUCAAUGAUGGCUCUAUCAGUUUCGAUGUAUCACAGAAGUGCAGAGCCAUUGCCUAUUGAUAUGUCGACUCCGACAACUGCAUUGAGUACAUUCCGCAAAAGAUCAUCUCAAUGCCUUAUAAAGGCAAAUUACAUCAGCCCGGGACGAUACAAAGCACAGGCAUUGUUUUUUUACACUUUGUCUGAAUUUUAUCGAAGCCAGGAUGCUCAAAUUGGAGUAUCUUAUCUACUUGGAAUGACCCUUCGCCUGGCUAUGCGCAUGGGCUACCAUCGCGAUUCUCAUCAUUAUCCAAUGCUUUCAGCCUGGGAAGGAGAAAUGCGCCGGCGCCUCUGGGUAGUGCUUGUUCAACUUGAUACCUUGAUUUCAUUCCAAGUUGGAGUUCCUCGUACAAUCCAGCCAUGGCAAUAUGACACUGAAUUACCUGCAAACUUGUUUGAUGCCGACUUUGAUGAAGAUUCAGCUCAACUACCACCCUCAAGGCCUGACGAUGAGCGAACAGCAUCUUCAUAUACGAGAGCUAAAUUCCACAUAAUGAAAGUCUUUGGUCAGAUCACAGACUUGGCAUUCUCUCGAGAAUCCUCGUCCUAUGAUGAGAUCCUGGAGAUUGACCGUCGUUUACAGGCGUCGCGUGAAAUGUCGCCAUUGUUCUUGCGAAUGAAGCCAAUGACACAAUCUAUCGCAGAUCCGACAGAUGUGAUCAUGCGCCGGUACACCUUGGAGCUUUUGUAUCAAAAGGCACGAAUUGUCUUGCAUCGCAGAUACAUCAGUGAGACGAACCCCAGAUUUGCACACUCGCGAUCAGUAUGUCUCACUGCAGCCCGCGAGACAUUACGAUACCAUGCUGAGAUCUGGAAUGAGUCCAUGCCCGGCGGCCAAUUAUAUGCAGAGCGAUACUUUAUAAACUCCCUGUCAAAUUCCGACUUUGUGCUUUCGGCAAUGAUUCUUUGCCUUGAGAUAUCCCAGGACGAGGAUCGAGGUGGUGCCGCGCGCCUCAGCGACGAGGAACGUGCUGAUUUUGUGAUUCUUCUGGAAACGACACAUCGUAUUUUCUUGGAAUCACAACAUCACUCUGUAGACACGCAAAGAGCAGUCACUGCUCUGACUAUUAUGCUCAGUCGGGUCAAGAACAGCAAGGUCCAGCAUUCUCAAACGAGCACUGACCAAAUGAUGACUUCCAUAGAUAGUUUCACUCCACCCCAGUCAAAUGGUCAUCCAGAUUUGGACCAACACCUUCAAAGGUACCCAGCGCUUGCAGAAGCACCGAAUCCAAUGCACGUCCCCGGCGAGACGCCGUCAUACAACUCAUUAGAGGUUAUUGGAGAUAUGCUCAGCUUGCCGGCUCAGCUGGAUUGGCGCUUGUACGACAGUCGUAUCUCGGGGAUAGACAUGGCCACGAAUGAUAACGUCUGGUACUCUGCUUCUUCAUCGGCCCCGGGAUUCGAUUUUGGAUCAUUUUCAUCUGGUGUUCGCUCAAUUACCCCAAUCACUGGGCCUCAAUAUGUCCCCAAUCAGCAAUCGUCCCAGCAAAAGCGAACAAUAUCCACUACCCAACGACCCAGCCUGACACGAGCUCUCCCCUCAAACAAUGCCACCAAGCCAAUCACACCAAGUCGAUCCUUCGGGCUCCCUUCACUCUCCUCCUUCCUGCCCUCGAAUGGCAACAGCAACAACAACAACAACAGCAACAACUCCCCACACCGCGUCCUGACAGCAACCCGCAACCUCCCCUACAACCCAACCCUCCUCUUCAAAGUCAUAUCCUCAGUGGAAUCAUACAGCCAAUUCCUACCUUUCCUUACAGCCUCAACGGUCACAGCCCGCGACCCGACAACAAAUGACCCAACACAAGCCUUCCUAACCGUCGGUUAUGGUCCUCUCAGCGAGACAUUCACCUCGCGCGUGAUCUGUGAUCGGGAGAAAUUGACCGUUGAAGCGAAGAGUGGCUCGAAGUAUGGGUACGACGGAGCUGAGAAGAGUGCUUCUUCUUCGUCUUCCGGGUUGAGCGGGUUCUUCCCUGGUGCGACGGAGGGUAUCUUCGAGUAUCUUUCUACGCGGUGGGAACUUGUUCCUAUUACACCUACCGAAGCGAAAGGAGGACCCUUGACCAAGGUCAACCUUGAAGUGAAGUUUGAGUUCCGGAGUCAGAUGCAUGCUACUCUUAUGGGAGCUGUUGAGGGGCAGAUGGCUGGUGUCAUGAUUGAGGCUUUUGAAAAGAGGAUUCGGGAGGUUGAAGGGAAGGGAUUGUGA